AUGAGUGGCGGGGUCGCUGGCCUCGCCAGGAAAUGGACCGCAGCCUUUCUGUGGUGUCUUCUAAGUUUGGAGGCCGAUGCCGUGGCUCUAGAGUCUGCAGAGCUGGCUCGUGGGUUUACGACCCUUUUGCUUCGACUCACUGAACCUGUAAAUGUGACCACUUUCUCCGGAUGCGAGUCCGUGCUGUCUGGAGCAUCUUUACAGAGGAUGGGCACCUCGCCACAAUGCCAGUGGCUCUUGGGCGGCAUGGCGUUGCAGGUGCUGCUAGGGCAUCAGCCCGUGCUGGAGCCUGGUGAUGUCGUAGAGCUGCUGCCGUCUGUGGGACCCGCGCUGCAGACAACGGUCAACUCAUCUGAACUCCCGCAAGCCAUGGCAGCUCUCCAGCUGCUGCCUCCACAGGUGCAGCGCUGUGGACUUGUGGAUGUAGUGGUGGAUGCCUCCCUCUCGAGCGGUGGCGCUGGGCGCCUGCUGGCUGCCGAGUGGCGAACUGGAGGAAGCAGCCAGCUUCAAGCUGGGCAGGUGAUCCAGGAGUUCCUGGCAUUGCAGAACGGCUCCUUAAGUUUUACUUUGCCAGCUGCCACCAUUUCCGGUGCUGUUGAUGCCGCCCUUGCAGCAGACACUUCGUUGAUGCUGGUCCGCAUCGAGCUUGUUCUCAGCACCUCGAACUGGCUCGGUCUCACGAACGAGACUUCCGCUGUGCUGGAGGUUGACCUGUCAGAUGCGCACCUCCCGGUUCUGGAGCCUUCGCUGAGCCAGUCCAUCCGCACCAACCAGUCAGUCAGCUUUCGCGCCGCGACGAGGUAUGCCGAGUUGACGACCUGUGCUGGCGUCUGUCGGCUGCAAGGCAACCUCCUCCUCGGCAGAUGUGAGCAUGAGCUGGGAGCAUCUCUCCAGAAUUUCUUGGUCACUCCGUGGCUUCUGCGCUUUGCGGCCUUCAGCUUCCCACCGGGAUCGUCGCACCAGCUCCGGGCCAGCGCGGCCUUCAACGCAACGCAGGUCCGUCGCCAUGUGUUCCAGCUUGACGUGGCUGCAGCUGCACCAGUCGUCCCAGUAGUGACUGGACCUGCAGUACUGCCUGAGACUUGCGAACUUGUUCUGGACGCCUCACAGUCUUUCGAUCCAGACCGUGCAAAUGAGCCGCAGUAUUUCUGGUCAUGUGCGGCGAACGACACGGCCUUCAAUUGCCAUGCUCUUUCUAACUUCCGCACGGUAACCUGGACUAACACGGAUGGUUCAGGCGCAUCUGGUUCAGCUUUACGCAUUUCGGCUGGCCAGCUGGUGGAAGAUGUGUACACCUUCAACGUGACGGUUAUUCGGGCCACUGACCGCACAUCAUUUGGGAUUGCUUCGUGGAUGGUAGAGGUGCAAAAAGCAUCUGCAGUACCGAUCACCUUGUCGGUACCAUGGUACGCAAAUCAACGGCUUUCGGGACAGCUGCUGGGCCAGCUUCCGGAGUUUGCCGCCACAGUUCAGGUGAGCGAUGCCUGCGGCAUGUCUGCCAAUGUGAAGUGGGUUUGGGCGUUGGUGUCCCAUGUCAGCCCAUCCAAGAUCUUGAUGUACCUGGACACUACUGCAGUGAAUCUCACCGAUGGUGAGAUUUCUGUCCGCGCGGGUGCGCUUCCUGACAGCUACUUGGUGCCUGGAGACACCUAUGCGGUGGCACUGCUGGAGUCUAGCUCGGGUACAGCCUUGGCCGACUUGGCUGAGGCAGAGGUGCAGGGCUUGCGGUUCGCACGUUCCGUGCCUUUUGUAGCUGAUGGUGCACCUUCGGGUGGCUACAUAGUUUGUCAACCCACGGUUGGUGCGGCGAUUGGAACGGAGUUCAUGCUGGCCACAUCGGGCUGGUUCGAUGAGGACUUGGCUCGCCUAGUGUAUGCGUUCUAUCGUUUUCCUUUGGCUGCCGAAUUGAGUCUAGUUGCCGAUGCAGGUGGUUUCUCCGUCAGUGGCACCUUUAAUCGGCCAUCUGUCGAUUGGCGCAACAAGAGCAGCCCCAACUACUGGAGCAAGCUGGGGGGGGUGUUCCUAGGGACAUCCGAUGCCUCUUCGCUGCGGCUCUUCCUCCCACCAGGGGAGCACAUGCUUGCUGCAGUGGUGGAGGAUGAGCUUGGAGCUGUCUCCAGUGCUUGGCUGGUGGGACCCCUGGUUCAGGAGCCGAGCAGCGCUGCCUCACUGGCCACUGCGGCCCUUGAGUUCGCAUUGCGGCUUGGAGAUGCCCAGAUCAUUCUGAACACUUUGGCUUCCACGACUUUCACGAUGUCCGCAGACCGGGAACGGGAGGCCAGGUCCUGCCGAUUCAAAAUGAGUGCUGCGUGCAGCCGUUCCUUUUCACAUGUGCUUCCAGACUUCCAGGUUGUGGAGCUGCUCAAGACUGCCGGCCCCAGCGUGGCAGGAACCGUUUCACACUUCCUGAUGGCUCUCCUUGGCUCUAUUGCGUCGCCGACCACUGGUUUGGACUACCUCUUGGAAGCCGCGCUGUUGAUGAAGACUGCGUUUGAAGAGGAGGCCUCGCUCCGUGCGGACCAGUUGCGGGCGCUUUUGUCCAAGUUCGGAGAUGCCAUGGUCACUGGCGUGGCUGGUUCAGGCGAGAAGCAUGUCAAAUCCCUGGACCACCUGGCAGACCAAAUGGGGCUGGAGGUGGCCGUGAAGGAUAUCAGCUUGCACGAUGCAGUGCGCCACGGUGUUUCCGUGGCAGGAUUCAGCACGCUCCCGCUGUCCGAGAUAGAGGGUCAGGCUGGCUGCGGGAUGGUCACCGGCCAGAUCACCACAUGGCGGCGAAGUAACCCGUAUGCUUGGCCCAAUGUGUCGAAGGAUGCACCGGGGCGAUAUGUGUCGAACGUGACAGAUGUCCACGUGAUUGAGAUGCGACGGUGUGGUGCAGUCCUCAACAUUUCAGGCGCACAUGCUUUGAUUGGCUGCUGCUUCUAG